GUCACACUUUAUGUUUUGUUUUGGUUCGCAAAAUCGCAAAAAAUGCCGGGAAAAAGAGCUCGACGCCAGCUGAUUAAGAAAAAACAAAGGCAAAGAAGACGACAGAAGCAUGCCAAAGAACGCGACAGGCUGGAGCAAGAAGCAGAAGCCAAGAGACUGGAAGACCCCGUCUUGCAGAAAUGGCUCCAAAAACAGUCGGAGCUGGAGGAUUUCCAGCGAUUGGCUGCCGAACGCCAACAGCAAGAAGAGGAGGAGGCCUGGCUACGACGCGAAGCCCUCGCUCAGCGCCAAUUUAGUUUGGAUGCGGCCAAACGUCGCCAGGAGGAGGCAGAAAUGGAACAUUUGAGGGAUGAAGAGGCAGCGGCGUUCGCCAAACGAGAAGGGGAGCAGAAAAAUCGGCGUAUUGAGCGGCAAAAGUUUGCCGAAAAAGCUGCCUGCGAGUUUGAAGCGAUGAUGAAGAGCAUGGACGAGUACCUGAACAACGCAAAGCAGGAAAAGCCACCGAAUCAUCUGCUGCGUAUGGUGGAAACACACCCCGAAGAGCGUCCCUGCGAGUUCUUCACUCGCACAAACUCCUGCCGCUACGGACACAGCUGCACCUUCAACCACAGGCGUCCCAUGCUGGGAAGGAUCCUCUUGAUCCGCCACUUCUUCAACCACUCGCUGCUGCAGCACAAGAAGGUGCACAAGGAAUAUGCGAGUGGCGAUGAAGGGUUGGAGCAGACGGAGCACGAUCUGCGCAGCGACUACGACGAGUUCUUCAGCGAUGCGGUCACAGAGCUGGAGAAAUUCGGGAAAAUUGUCAAUUUUCGUGCUUUGAGGAAUACGCUGGAGCAUCUUAGUGGUCAUGUUUUUGUGGAAUACGCGAAUGAAAAAUGUGCCCUACGUGCUUUUAUCAAUCUGCAAGGUCGCUACUACGCCUCCAGGCGCCUCAACGUGGAGUUUUCCAAUCUUCACACCUGGCGUGGCGCGGUCUGCGGUUUGUCCUUAACACGCAAAUGUCCCAAAGGUAAUAGCUGCGGCUAUCUGCAUUUGUUUCGCAAUCCGAACAAUUUGUUCAACAAGGACUUGGAGCACACGACUACACCAAGAAGUGCCCGCAAUUCAGGAAAGUCUCCCCUGCCCAAGACACCAAGCUGGAAUGACGGUGACGAUGACCGCGGCAGGAACUGGCGCUGGUCGGAGAGUCCAGAACUGGAACUGGAGAACUCCAAGGCUUUGGGCAAUCAUAUUCAAAAGUCAAGGAGAGGAGAGCACGAUCUCAAGAGUCCCCGCCACACUGAGCAUCAUUCCAGAUCAAGAAACGGCAGUGAUCGCAGGUCAGAUUGGAGUUCAACCAGAUCUAAUCGUGAUUACUCUUCGAGAAGAGAUCUUAGAUCAAAUGAUGACUGCCACUCCUCCAGAUCUAAUCGUGAUAGUAGUCCAAGUCCUAGAUUAUCGACUAGAUCCCACCAGGAAUUAAAUUCUCGCUCCAGAUCCCCUCGGCACCACCAAAGACAUAGAAAAUAAAAGGCAAAGUAUUCGUUUAAA